AUGGGAAAUGUAGAGAGCCAGAACUGGGACCGGGUAUUUUGUGCUGAUGAUCCGGGUCUCUGGUCUCGCAAGCACGUGUCCCACUCACUGCGAGUGUCCGGCAAACGGGCCCGGCGGUCAAGGCAUGCAUCCACAGGCAAGACAGAACACCGGAAUUCAGAGACCAGCACGCGGUCCAGCAGCACUCCCAGCAUUCCGCAGUCAUUAGCUGACAAUGGAUUGGAACCUUUCAUAGAAGCCGGCACCCUUCGUGACUUUGGCAGCCCUAUUUGGGUGGAUCGUGUGGCCAUGAGCUUGCGUCCUGUGUCAUUUCACGAUGGCCCAGCAGAAUCCAGCCAAGUUCCUAUUUCAGGCUCCAUCCCUAACCCACCAGGGGAGCAUUCAACCUACAUGGAGAAGGUUUGUGAUGGGCCACGGGAGAGUGUGGCCUACAAGAAGAAGCGUUCCAAGUCAGCCGACACUUGGAGAGAGGACAGUCUGGAGUUCUCCCUGUCUGACAUCAGUCAAGAUAAUCUCACCAGCACGGAGGAGAUUGGUGACAUCACUGGUGAGAGGGGCUCCACCAGCCAUUGUGACGAGCCUGAGCUGCUUGACUCCAGCGAUAGGUCCAACUCCAUGGAUGAGCUCUAUAUCCGGAGAAGCCCCAGCCACAGGUCACAGAACCCUGCCCACCGAUCACCAUGGAACUGCUUCAACAAGCACAGUCAAAAGAUCUGCGAGGACAACUGCAUGGUGCCUUUUGAGGAUGACAGGAGUGCAUUUGGUGCCUACACCUUGCCUUGUCGUCGCUCCCACUGCCUGUCUGAGGGUCUUCCAGGCCACCAAGGGGAGCUUUGCACAAGUCUUCAGGGCCGGAGGGUGCUGACCACACAGGAUAUCACAACGGGUGAUGACAGUGAGCAUGGGGACAGCGGCAUUGACGGGGUGUCGGCUGAGGCGGAGCAGCGGCCGAGACGCUACAAGGCCAUGUCAGCCUCCUUUUCUGUGUGCUCACCCACCGGCCAGGGCCUCUUCGCCACUGGCAGCGACAGUGGUGGCAGUGGAGAGGGCGGAGGUGGAGAUGUGUAUGAGAACUUCCGGCUGGAGCUGGAGAGGAGCUCAUGUCAUGUAGCAGAGCCUCCUGAUGAGGUGUGCUCUGCCGCUAGUGAUGACUGCAGCAGUGGCACUGGUGGCUCAGCUUACCCACUGGACCCACCCCUCGACACUGGCCAGGGGACGGUUCGCAAGGCUGGCACACUCACAGUGAAGAACUUUCUGGUACACAAGAAAAACAAGAAGGUGGAACCAGCCCCAAGACGGAAAUGGAAGCACUACUGGGUUUCACUGAAAGGGUGCACCCUCUUCUUCUAUGAGACGGAUGGGCGUUUUGGGAUCGACCAUAACAGUGUGCCCAAGCAUGCUGUAUGGGUGGAAAACAGCAUUGUCCAGGCUGUCCCAGAGCAUCCCAAAAAGAACUUUGUGUUUUGCUUGAGUAACUCGCAAGGAGAUGCCUUCCUCUUCCAGACCUCAAGCCAGACAGAGCUGGAGAACUGGAUCACAGCCAUACACUCAGCCUGUGCAUCUGCUGUGGCCCGCCAACAUCGCCGCGACGACACUGUGCGCCUUCUGCGCUCUGAGAUUCGGAAGCUGGAGCAGAAGAUCGACAUGGAUGAGAAGAUGAAAAAGAUGGGUGAAAUGCAGUUGUCUACGGUCACCAAUGGGAAGAAGAGGAAAACCAUCCUGGAGCAGAUUUUCCUGUGGGAGCAAAAUUUGGAGCAGUUUCAUGUAGACCUGUUCCGGUUCCGGUGCUACCUGGCCAGCUUGCAAGGUGGCGAGCUGCCCAACCCUAAGCGGCUGUUGGCUGUCGCCGCACGGCCCACUAAACUGGCUAUGGGUCGCCUGGGCAUCUUCUCAGUCUCUUCCUUCCAUGCAUUGGUGGUGGCCCGCAUGGAAAACGGGGUGCGCCAGAGAACGCAGGCCAUGUCUCGAACCUCCACCAAGCGCAAGAGCAGGUUCUCAUCCCUAUGGGGUCUGGACACAGCCUCAAAGAAGAAGACAAAAGGCAGACCCAGCAUCAGCCAGGUGUUUGCUGAUGGCAGGGAGCCGACGAAGAAGUGUCCGGAUGGUGUGUUUGUGGACACUGCCAGGGAAUGUGUGAAGGAGAAUGAACGACCAGUGAAAAGCAUCCACAAAUCCAACACAGAGAGUGAUGUUUGGGUGCCACACUACCUCACGCCUUCAUGGGUCUGUUUGCCCAACGACAAGCCAGUGCUAGCCAUUGUCCAACCGGGAGACUCCACCCUUGAUGUUCUUGAAAGCAUCUGCAAGACUCACCAUCUGGAUCCUGCCAGGCACUAUAUGAGGCUGAAGUUUUUAACUGAUGACCAAGUGCAAUUCUAUGUUCCAAAACCCGAAGAGGAAGUGUCUGAUCUGGUCUACAAAGAAAUUCAGAUUUGCUCCAGGAUCACUAAACUCAUUAAGUUUGACCGUCAUGAAUCUUGUACAGCUGGUUAUGGUUUCUCCAUCUCUGUAGUGCAGGAAAAUGACAGACAGAAAGUCUACAUCACUGACGUAAAGGUGGGAGGGUUAGCUUUCGCCAGAGGCCUGAAUGCAGGCGAUGAGGUUCUGCAGGUGAACGGAAAGGACACCAGCUGUCUAAGUGUAUCUGACAUGAAGGCAGCAUUCCCUCAUCCUUCCCUGUCCCUGACCGUCAGUACGCUGCCUACCCUGGAUCGGACCCAGCUUUGCUACUUUCCACCACAGCAGUCCGAUGGUCUGAGGGACCUCUAUACUGACAUCUUCUCUCAGAGUCAAGAAGACAUCCUUGAUGAUGGAAUGGUCAUGGGCCUGGAGAGCUCUGGGGACAGUCUUGAUGGUGAUUCUGAGAUCUUCAGUGAUCCUGAAGAAAAUCGCAAGAGCACAGAGCAGGUGGCGGCUUUCUGCCGCAGUCUCCAUGACAUGAACCCCUCCGAGGGCUCCUCAUCCACCAGCCCGGACUCACCCCUUCCACCACCUGCAACCCCCCGCCAGCUCUCCGACGCUGACAGGCUCCGCAAAGUCAUCUGCGAGCUAGUGGAAACGGAGCGGACCUACGUGAAAGAUCUCAACUGCCUUAUCGAGAAAUAUCUGACACCCUUACAGCAGGAAAGCUUCCUCACGCAGGAUGAGUUGGAUGUACUCUUCGGGAACUUGCCCGAGAUGGUGGAAUUCCAAGUGGAGUUUCUUAAGACUUUGGAAGAUGGGACGCGAUUGGUACCAGAUCUUGAGAAGCUGGAGAAAGUGGAUCAGUUUAAGAAAGUUCUGUUCUCCCUUGGAGGAUCGUUCCUCUACUAUGCCGAUCGAUUCAAAAUCUACAGUGCCUUUUGUGCCAGUCACACCAAGGUUCCCAAGGUCCUUGUGAAAGCCAAGACUGACCCUGACUUCAAGGCUUUCCUGGAUACACGAAACCCUAAACAACAACACUCAUCCACUCUUGAAUCAUACCUGAUUAAGCCUAUCCAGCGGGUCCUAAAGUACCCACUGCUGCUGAGGGAGCUGUACUCCCUGACAGACCCAGACAGCGAGGAGCACUACCACCUGGAUGUGGCCAUGAAAGCCAUGAACAAGGUGGCCAGCCAUAUCAAUGAGAUGCAGAAGAUCCACGAGGAGUACGGGGCUGUAUUCGACCAGCUUAUUGCUGAGCAAGCGGCAGAUAAGAAGGAGGUCACUGACCUGUCUAUGGGUGAUUUACUGCUCCACACUAAUGUGUCCUGGAUUAACCCCCCACCGUUUUUGGGAAAAUGGAAAAAGGACCCAGAACUAGCCACAUUUGUCUUCAGAAAUGCUGUUGUAUUUGUGUACAAAGAGUGCUCCAAGCAGAAGAAAAAAAUCGGUGGGUCACAUCGUGGAUCCACAUCAGAUGAGAAGGACCCCUUCCGUUUCCGCUACAUGAUCGCCACUGACGCACUCCAAGUCCGCUCCCUGCCAAAUCAAAAUGGUGAAGGCACUGCGGCGUGUGAGAUUGUUCAUGUGAAGUCAGAAUCGGAGGGGAGGCCGGAGCGAACCUUUCACCUCUGCUGUCGAUCAGCAGAGAGUAAGAAGGACCUACUGAAGAUGGUUCACUCCAUAUUGCGGGACAAACAGCGAAGGCUCCUCCUUAAGACAGAAAGCCUGCCCCUCAGCCAGCAGUACGUUCCCUUUGGGGGCAAAAGACUCUGCGCCCUAAAGGGGGCUCGGCCUGCCAUGAACAGAGCAGUUUCUGCCCCAACUCGCAACCUUGGCCGACGGAAGCUGGUACGCAACCGCUUCACCAUCGACACAGACACUGUGUUUGACAGUGGGCUCGACAGGGACAUGGCUACAGAGAACACUACGCCUGAUGAGCUCACACAUGCCGACACUGACCGAUGGGUGGAAGAGCAGUUCAACCUGGACCGCUAUGAUCAAGAGCAGGAAGAAGAGGAGGUCAAACAAACUCACCGCUGGAUGGAGGAGCAGUUUCACCUGGAUCGCUAUGACCCAGAGCAAGAGGAGGUCAAGGAAACAGAUAUCCUUAGCGAUGAGGAUGAGGACUGUGCCUCCAACAGGUCAGCGAGCAUUGAGCCCGGCCUGGAGAUCCCAGUCAGGGCCCUGUCCCUGGACAGCAAGGAGGAGAACAUGCGAGAAGGUGAAGACGAGACAGAGAGGGAGGACAUACAGGUAGGGAAUAAAACUGGAGUAAACGACCUCACCUUGGAGAGCAUGCAGUUACGAAAGACCCCGGAGGGUUCAGAAGGCCUUGUGUCACCCCGGCAGGGUACGCAGUUUGGAGGCGCUAGCGAGGAAGUGAUCUGGGUGCGACGUGAUGACUUUGAGAGAACGGGGAACAUUUAAAUCUGGAGAUCACAUGGGCCAAGAACUCAGAAACUCCUAAAGCUUUAAGUUGGCUCAGUGGAAUAGUGGAGUCGCCAUAUCGAUGACCUGCAGUCUCACUGAAGUCUAACUUUUAACCAUAAUGCUUUAACAGCAGAUGUCACUUUUUAACAUUAGCUCUUCUGCUAUUAAAUACCUGUAAAGACUAUCCAACAUAAAUAGAUGUGUAACAAUAUCUCACCAUAGACAUUAUAAGUUAAAUUCAGAGCAAUACACACACACUCACACACACACACACACACACACACACACACACACACACACACACA